AUGAUAUUGGGUGAGGCCGAACCAAAUGUGAUACCAAAAAGCAAUAUUUUGAGAAAUUUGAAGUACGAAGAACGCAAACGUAAUAGGUUGAGCGAGGAUCCAAUCGAGUCGGUAUACGCUCUGAAAUAUCAACACCCUUACAAUAAUUAUAUUAAAGAUAUCGGCCUUGAUCGGUUAUUUGUUCACUACUGGAGUACACCCCAAAUUCAUGUAUAUAAUAACUAUGUACAAACAACUACCCAUUCAAAAAUAUCAAUUGACGCUACAGGAGAAGUAGUCCGUCGUAUUACAAAACCAAGCGGCGAGAAAUCCAAAGUGAUUUUUUUAUAUGAUAUUACUGUCAAUGAUCGAAAAACUGGAAUGCAGUACUCGGCAUGCAACAUGCUCUCAGAGAGACACGAUGCUGACAGUAUAAUGCACUGGCUGCAAUUUUGGAAACGAGACGGAGCAAAGAUGCCAAACGAAGUCGUUUGUGAUAUGUCAAUUGCAUUAACAUCUGCUAUUAUUCGAUCAUUCACAAGUUAUUCGUCACUGGGUGUUUACCUAGAUGACUGCUAUGAGCACCUUUUGAAGAGGCAGUCCUUGAAAUUUAAACUUAGCACAUAUGUUCGUUUUGAUGUCGCCCAUGUUAUAAAAUCGAUUUGUGGGUGGGAAUGUUUGAAAAGUGCACCAAAACGAAGCAGACAUUUUUAUAAAAGGGUAAUUGGUCAGUUAAUUCAAACCACUAAUAUGUCUGAUGCACACAAAAUUCUUAAAGCAAUAUGUGUUGUUGCACUUAACGAAACUGAAGGUACUUCGGGCAGUACUAACAUCGAAACCCCAUCUGAAAAGUGUAAAAGUUUUUUACGGAGGGUAAUCGGCUACGAAAACAUGAAUGACGAUAUUGGCAACGAAUAUGAGACUGAUAAUGAUAUUAUGAAUUUUGAAGAUCUGUCGAAUAACAAUUUCUGUGAAUGGGGUAGGGCUAUAGAGACUGAGGCUAGAAAUGAAAUUGUUAGGGGAAAUCGUGAUAACUGCCAAUUCCUUCCUGCACUGAUUCCAAAAAUAAUAUCUCUGCUGAAAACAUUUCCUCUAUGGUCUUCAGUAAUGUCGACUGAACAUUUUCCGAAUGCACACUCUACUGCUUCUAGUGCACCAGUAGAAAGUAAUUUCAACAAUUUAAAGAACAGGACCUUCGCAGAUGAACAUUUACCCAUCAGAAUAGAUGAAUUUUUAACCAAACAUAUUUCAUCACUUGAAGGUGCUAUGAAGAUAGCGAUGGCGCAAUCAUUAGACAACACAUUUGAAACCGUAGAAACCGCCAAAGAUGAAUCUUUGCACAACAUUUCCAGUAUUCAACAAAGCCCAACGGAAGUUUUAUCAGAUUUGUUUCUCACAGCUCCAGCUGACUACGACAUCGCUGAUGAAGAAAUACGUGCGCAAGAAAACUGGGGUGGACUAGUUGUUCCAAGUAAACGAAAACGACGCAGUUACUUGGAAAAAAAUAGCGAAUGGCUCCACAUAGACUUACAACAAAAAGUCAGUGUUGUUCCAAUUGGAAUUUUGAGGAACGGUAAUUGCGUCAAACUGCAACCUGUUAAGUUAGCGAAAAAAAAAGUUUUGUUAACAAAUACUUGUGCAUUUGAUUCGCUGAUGCAAAUUUUAUGUACAAGCUUUUGUGACAGUAAUCAUUUCGCUGCCUUCUUUCAAUCUCAGCAACUUCUAGAGCUCACUAAACAAAUGAUCAAGCUCAUAGGACUGAAAGCUUACAAGUUGCGGGCAGAAAUCCUCUCUAUGACAUUCCCAAACCACAAUAUGUUACCGAAUGGAAUGAUCCAUAUUUCAACUGAAACUACUGUAGAAAAUUUGAUCCGCAAGCUUGCUAAUUCCGGAGAACUUUAUUAUUCUUAUGUUGAAAAAAUAUAUUGUUCAAAGUGUUCCAAUAUUAGAAUAAUAUCCAUGCCUAUCAUUCCAUUGGUUAUAGAACAAAAUAUAAGCAUUUCUGAGGGUGUAGAGUCAUAUUUUUGGAAAAGAUUUUCCAGCAGCACGUGUUCGCGUAAGGACUGUGGAGGCACUACAGAUGUGAGUAUUGAGAAAAACCAAGUUUACAUAUUUGUGGAAAUAACUAGAUCCACAACAAAUUCUUUGCCCUCAAUUCCACUACUUCGUCUAUCUGAUAUCUCAAAAGAGAUAUGGAUAGACGAUACAUUAUUAACCUUGGGUGGGGUGAUAGCGUAUGUAGGACCGCAACAACCUAUAAAUAUCACUCAUAUUGGACACUUCAAGGCAUACUGUCACAGAAUUGGGGAGAAAUGGGAGUUGUAUGAUAGUCUCGCUAACAAUAAACAGGACUGCUCAGAAGUCGAGAUGGUAUAUCCCCAUUUACUAUUUUAUAGAGUUUGA